AUGAUGUCUUAUCUUAAGCAACCACCUUAUGCAGUCAACGGACUGAGCCUCACCACCUCUGGGAUGGACUUGCUGCAUCCAUCUGUCGGGUACCCAGCCACCCCUCGGAAGCAGCGGAGGGAGCGCACCACCUUCACCCGAGCCCAGCUGGACGUGCUGGAGGCCCUCUUCGCCAAGACUCGCUACCCGGACAUCUUCAUGCGGGAGGAGGUGGCCCUCAAGAUCAACCUGCCGGAGUCCAGAGUGCAGGUGUGGUUCAAAAACCGGCGGGCCAAGUGCCGCCAGCAGCAGCAGCAGCAGCAGAACGGGGGCCAGAACAAGGUGCGGCCCGCCAAGAAGAAGAGCUCCCCGGCCAGAGAAGUGAGCUCCGAGAGCGGCACCAGCGGGCAGUUCACGCCUCCGGCCAGCACCUCCGUCCCGGCCAUCUCCAGCAGCAGCAGCGCCCCGGUGUCCAUCUGGAGCCCGGCGUCCAUCUCGCCCCUCUCAGACCCCCUGUCCACCUCCUCCUCCUGCAUGCAGAGGUCCUACCCCAUGACUUACACUCAGGCUUCCGGCUACAGCCAAGGGUACGCUGGCUCGACCUCCUACUUCGGGGGGAUGGACUGUGGAUCUUACCUGACCCCGAUGCACCACCAGCUCCCCGGACCAGGGGCCGCCCUCAGCCCCAUGGGCACCAAUGCCGUGGCCAGCCAUCUCAACCAGUCCCCAGCCGCCCUCUCUACCCAGGGCUAUGGGGCGUCCAGUUUGGGGUUUAACUCGACUACCGAUUGCUUGGAUUAUAAGGACCAAACGGCCUCCUGGAAGCUAAACUUCAAUGCUGACUGCUUGGAUUAUAAAGACCAGACAUCUUCGUGGAAGUUCCAGGUUUUGUGA